AUGGCUCCCUUUACUCCCAUCCCGCUCGACAGCGCCGAGACCAUUGCGCGUUACUCACCUACCCCCAAUGACACGGCCGUUCAGAUCGAAAAGGUCCAGGUCGAGCAUCGCAUCCAGCUCAUCAACACCUGGCGCAUCCCGCCUGGCUCCAAGAUUCUCGAGAUUGGCUGCGGGCAGGGUACAUGCACCACCGUCUUGGCUACCGCCGUGGGUCCCAACGGUCACGUCGAUGCGGUCGAUCCCGCCCCCUCCGACUACGGCUCGCCUUACACCCUCUCCCAGGCACAGGCCAUCAUCAGCGCCGGCGCUCUGGGCAGCCGCAUCACUUGGCACAAUGACGAGCCGACGGACGUUUUGGCCACGUCGGGCGAGAAAAUCUGGGACUAUGCCGUCUUUUCACACUGCAUCUGGUACUUUGACAGCCGCGACGUCUUAUCUACGAUCCUCCGCGCCAUCAAGGGCCGGGUCGGCUCCAUCCUUGUUGCGGAAUACGCCCUGAGGGCUACCGAGCGCGAUGCGGAGCCUCAUGUGCUUUCUGCCAUUGCCAGGGCCUCUCUCGAGGCGCACAAUCCUGCCAGCACGGCCAAUAUCCGCUGUCUGUUGAGUCCUGCUGGUAUCAAGGACGUUGCUGAAGCUUCUGGGUGGAAAGCCGGCAACGAGUCCAACAUUGUUCCCGCUGCCGGUCUGUUGGAUGGUGUGUGGGAGACUGACGAGGUUCGCAGCAAGAGCUUCGUCGAAGAGGUGGAGAAGCGUAUCAACACUCCACGCGUCAAGGAAACGCUUUUGUCCUCGCGUGAGGCUGUCAUUGCCUCGUGCGCAGGUCUCGGUGGCCGCAAAACACGCACAAUGGACGUCUGGGCGACCUCUUUUACCCUCGCCGAGUAA